CGGAGCUGCCGUGAUUUCGGGCGGCGCUGCCUGGCGGAGGCGGGCGGAGGCGAGGCGGCAAGAGAAGGGAGGGGACGAAAAGUUUUGCUGGGACCGCGGCGGGCUCGCCCUUUCGCUCGGCUGCGCGGGGACCACGAGCUGCCAGCCGGGAGGGGACGGAGGCCCAUGCGCGGCCAGGGACUCUCCGGCAGCAGCAGCAGCAGCAGCAGCGCCGUCUAAGAGCCGACGGAGGGCCCCGCGGGCGGCGCGCACCGCAGAGCGCCGGAGAAGCAGGGCUAGCCACCGCGCCGUCCGCUCUGCCAAUGGGCGCCGGGAAGGAGGCUCGGCGGCUUCACCGCAACGGCGGCCCCGCGACGGCGCGCUCCUCCGGCCACCGCCUCGACGUCGCCUCCUGCCGCCGCCUGUCGCUGCUCCUGGCCGUCGCCGCCGCGCUCCUUGGCGGGGCUCAGGCCUCCAAACGGCUGGGGGAGACCUUGUUCCCAGAUGACACAGAAUCGGAGGCGGUGGUGCGCCAGCACUGGAGGAGAUACGCGGAGCUUUCCGACGAUGAAGAUCUGCUAGCAGACGAGGCAUCUGGAGAUGAGUAUGGAAGCGGCGAGAACGGCAGCGGGAUGGUCUCCCCAGACACGCUUCUCACCACCAUCAGUCCCCUCUUCCCCACAGACCUUCCACCUCCUCCUGCUGUGGGGCUCCCUCCCCCUGCAAGCAUGACUGUCUCCGAGACACCAGAUGAUGACUCUCUGCUCAUCUAUUUCCGGGCCCUGGUGAAUUUCACAAAGUCCAUUGACUACAGCUCGCAUCUAGACGAUGUCAACUCAGAGGAGUUCCAGGACAUCUCCAAAGCUGUGGUGGACACGCUGGAGUCUGAAUACUACAAGAUCCCUGGUGAGCAGGUGGUCAGUGUGGUCUUCAUCAAGGAGAUCGACGACUACAUCUUUGUGGAGCUGGACGUGGGCUCUGAGGGGAACCUGGACGAAAAUCAGAUCCGUGAGGUGCUUUUCUCAGUCAUCGAGAGCGGCUCCAUCGCCUCCUACGUCACCUCCACGUGGGGAUUCCAGUUCCGGCGCUUGGGAGCAGCCCAAACUCCACCUCCCCCCAUUGCAAUGGAGUCACCAGUCACCCCAGUUGUGCGUGCCUGCACCGCCGAGGAGUUCAAGUGCCGUAGCGGGGAAUGCAUCACCAGGGAGUUCCUUUGUGACCGGCGACCAGAUUGCCGUGACAUAUCAGACGAGCUGGACUGCGCUGAGCCAACUCCCCCCGAGUGUGCUGAAGAGGAGUUUGCCUGUGACAGCGGAGAAUGCAUCCACCUGGAGGGCCACUGCGACGGACACCCCGACUGCGGGGACGCCUCCGACGAGGAUGGCUGCGAUAUUACAACUCCUCGGCCACCAGUCACCUCUGCACGGCCAGGCACCACCCGGAUCCCCGCCACCACGCCACCGGUGACCACCCGCCGAGUCCCGGUCACAUCUCCUCCUCGGGUCGUCUCCAUCAAGCCUUCGCUGUCCCCGGAGCUGCGCCCGUGCCGGAGGGAUGAGGCCGUCUGCUCCAACAAGCAGUGCAUUCCUCGGGACUACAUCUGCGACGGUGAGAGGGAUUGCCACGAUGGAAGUGACGAGCUCAACUGCGGCACCCCCAGCCCCUGUGAGCCCAAUGAGUUCAAGUGCCGGAACGGGCACUGCGCCCUCAAACUCUGGCGGUGUGAUGGCGACAACGAUUGUACGGAUGGUUCGGACGAGCUGAAUUGCCCCACAAAGGGCCCCGGGGACACGUGUGCCCCCGACCAGUUCAUCUGCGUGUCUAGCCGCACUUGCAUCCCAGCAAGCUACCAGUGCGAUGACGAGGCGGAUUGUGAGGAUCGCUCGGACGAGAUUGGCUGCACCCCUCCGCAGGUCAUCACGCCCCCAGAGGAGUCCAUCCAGGCCACCACUGGGGAGACAGUCCGGUUCACCUGUGUGGCUGUCGGCGUGCCCACCCCCAUCAUCACGUGGAGGCUCAAUUGGGGCCACAUCCCAAGCAGCCGCAGGGUGUCCAUCACUAGCGAGAAUGGACGCGGGACGCUCAUCAUCCAGGGCGUGAAGGAGGCCGACCAGGGAGCCUACACCUGUGAGGCCAUCAACGCCCGCGGGAUGGUGUUCGGGAUCCCUGACGGCGUGUUGAGCCUCACUCCUGGCCAAGGGCCUUGCCCCGAAGGACACUUCCACAUUGAGAGGCCCUCCAAGUGCCUGCCUUGCUUCUGCUUCGGGGUUACCAAAGCUUGCCGCAGCACCAGCCGCCACCGCCACCAGAUCCACCUGCGUUUCGACACACCCAAUGACUACAAAGGUGUGAAUGUGACGACGCCCUCCCAGCCUGGCACCCUACCCCUCUCCUCAACGCAGCUGCAGAUCGACCCCGGCUUGCAGGAGUUCCAGCUGGUGGACCUCUUUCGGCGCUUCCUGGCCCACGACUCUUUCUGGACACUCCCCAGACAGUUCCUGGGGAACAAGGUGGAUUCCUACGGUGGCUACCUCCGCUUCAAGGUGCACUACGGGCUGGCUCGGGGCCAGUCAGAGCCUGUGCAGAAGCCCAACGUUGUCAUUGUGGGCAACGGGCAGAAACUCCUGUACCGGGUGCAGGUGCCCACCCAGGCCUCGGUGGUGAACCAGCGACAGAUCCAUUUCAUUGAGGAGAACUGGGAGAAGGAGUCAGGGGCCCCCGUGAGCCGUGACGAGCUGCUGCUGACUCUGCAGAACCUGGAAGCCGUCAGGAUCCAGACGGUCUACGACAACCGGAUGGCCAGCGUGGGGCUGAGCGACAUCGUCAUGGACACCACCACCACAGAGGCCACUGGCCUGGGCGUGGCGCAGAGCGUCGAGGAGUGCAGGUGCCCCGUUGGAUACUCCGGUCUCUCCUGCGAGCAGUGCGAUGCCCAUUUCAAGCGGGUGCCCGGCGGCCCCAACCUGGGCACCUGUUCUGGCUGCAACUGCAAUGGCCACUCCAGCUCCUGCGACCCAUUUUCCGGCUACUGCCUGAACUGCCAGCACAACACAGAGGGGCCACAGUGCAACAAAUGCAAGCCAGGUUUCUUUGGGGACGCUGCCAAGGGCACCCCCACCGCAUGCCGCCCCUGCCCUUGCCCUUACACCGAAGCCCCCCGCAGGUUUUCCAAAUCCUGCUUCUUGGACACAGACGGGCAAGCCACCUGCGAUGCCUGUGCUCCCGGCUACACAGGACGCCGCUGUGAAAGGUGUGCUCCUGGCUAUGAAGGCAACCCCAUCCAGCCAGACGGGAGGUGUGUCAAGACUGGGCAGCCGAUUGUCCCUUGUGAUAAGCGAGGGAGCAGAGAGGUGUCAGACGGCACAUGCCAGUGCAAGCCCAAUGUCAUGGGACAUUCGUGCAAUGAAUGCGCCAUGGGAACUUUCCACCUAAGCCACAGGAAUCCUGACGGCUGCCUCCGCUGCUUCUGCAUGGGAGUCUCACACCAGUGCGCCAGCUCCUCCUGGAGCAGGGACCAGGUGCGGGUAGGGUCUGAGGAUGCCGAGAGGGCACAAUUCAGCCUCUCCAAUGCAGCCAGCAGCCGAACGGUCAGCGAGGGCAUCCGCUUCACUGGUGCAUCGGAACUCACUUUCUCCUCCUUCCCCACUCUUCCCCACGACGUGUACUACUGGGUGCUGGCAGAGCGCUUCAAGGGAGACAAGGUGACCUCGUACGGGGGAGAGUUGCGCUACACCAUCACCCACGACACCUUCCCGGGCGCCCCGCUGCUGCGUGGCCAACCUGAUGUCCUGCUGCAGGGGAAUGGGAUAUUCCUGGAGCACGUUGCUGAGACAGCCCCUCUGCCCGGGGCACCCACUGCUUUCACAGUGCCCUUCCGGGAGCAAGCUUGGCGCCGUGCCGACGGGCAGAAAGCCACGCGGGAGCACUUCCUGAUGGCCCUGGCUGACAUCGACGUCUUCAUGAUCCGAGCCUCCUAUUCUGAGCGGCCGGCGGAGAGCAGGAUCUCUGGCAUCCACAUGGACGUGGCUGUGCCACAUCCCACGGGGCUGGACCCAGCCUUGGAAGUUGAGGAGUGCACCUGCCCACCAGGAUACCGCGGGCCUUCUUGCCAGGAUUGUGACAUUGGCUACACACGCACCACCAGUGGCCUCUACCUGGGGACCUGUGAGCCCUGCGCCUGCAGCGGCCACGCAGCUGAGUGUGACACUGAGACGGGAGACUGCCAGGACUGCCGGCACAACACGGAAGGGCUUCGGUGUGAGCGCUGCCAGCCGGGAUUCUUCGGCGAUGCCCGGCGCGGGACCCCCGGAGACUGCCAGCCAUGCCCCUGUCAUGGGCCAUACUUUGCCAGCCAACCCUCCAAGACCUGCUUCGUAGACACAGAUGGGCAGCCCACCUGCGACUCCUGCGCUCUGGGCUACAUCGGGCGCCAGUGUGAAAGGUGUGCGCCAGGCUACGUGGGCAGCCCCAGCCGGGGCCAACCCUGCACAGAUCCGGACACCAGGUGCCACUGCGACCCACACGGAAGCAUCAGCAGCCAGUGUGAUGCCAGCGGGCAGUGCCGGUGUAAGGCCCACGCGGAGGGACCCUCCUGUAGCAGCUGCCGCCCACACCACUUCCAUCUGAGUGGGGAGAAUCGGGAGGGCUGCCUGCCCUGCUUCUGUAUGGGCGUCACCCAGCAAUGCACCAGCUCCUCCUACUAUCGGGACCUGGUCACCAGCCCCUUCCUUCCCGGAAGCUCCCAGGGCUUCUCACUGGUCAACCGCCAGCACACCACCCGCAUCCAGACCGGCUUCACAGUGGAGAUGUCCCCUGAGGGCCCCCAGCUGUCCUACGGCCACUUUGGACAGCUGGGGCAGGAAGCCUACCAUUGGCAGCUACCCGAGACCUACCUGGGGGAUAAGCGACCGUCACCACUUCCUGUGGCAGGGAGUUCCGUAGGUACUAUCAGGCAGAAGGAGACUUACUUUGCCCGGAUGCGCCGUGCCCACAAGCACAACUCCACGUCCCUCACAGAGGAGCAGCUGAGAAAGGAUGUGGCGGCUGGCCGGAUCCCUGGCUCCGUGGCCUCCGGCAGCAGGGUCAGGCGAGGCACCCAGGUAACGGAUGCCGAGGGCAGCUGGGCCUGGACCGGUCUGGCUCCAGUUGGAGUGGCUGCCCUGGGCUGGACAGCUGUUCGGGGGUUUGCCCCUCAAGGAUGCUCAGCAGUUGCAAGGCGGCAGGGAAGUGCCCACCAGCCCCUUCUGGGUCGCAGGAUGUUUCAGGAGAAGAGUUUCUGUGGGGAAGGGUUCUUGCGCGGGGUUGGGGGAUGCGACCCCCCCCACAUCUAUCCACCAUGGACUUUGCCUGUACUUGGCUUGCCCUGUCUGCCCCCCUUCUCUUUCUCUUUCUCUUUUCCCCGUCUGUCCGUCCUUCAGGCAAAUGACGCCCAGAUGAGACGUGAUGCUGAGAUCUGGGAGAUGCUGUCUCACUGGCGGGCCUCCUCACGCACGGCACCCCCUUCUCCUCCUAAGGAGGGGGGCACCCCCAAGCCCUCACCAGCAGGACUGCGGACUCCCUCUGCUGCCCAGGUGGCCCCUCCCAGCCCUCCUCGCUCUGUCGCUUCCUUGGCCAGGGCUCCUCUGCUCCCCCCUUCUCUAGCUGCAGCUCCCGGCUCACGCCCUCAGGGACAAGGACUCCUCCAGGGACGGUCCCAAGACUCCUCCAGCAAUCUCCUUUCCUCCUCCUCCUCCCAGUACCGCCUCAGGGCAUCUGAGGCUCAAAAGUACUGGUUGCUCUACAAGGGCUUCUCUCUGCUUCCUGAAAACACUUUCUACUGGGAGUUGCCGGAGCCCUUCCGGGGGGACAAGGUUGGCUCCUACGGGGGGCGCCUUCGCUACACCCUUUUCUACAACGCCGGAGGAAGAGGCAGCCUGCUGCCAGAUGCGGACGUGCAGAUCACCGGCAAUGACAUCACUCUGGUGGCCUACCUGUCUGAGCUGCGGCCCCGCGAACGCAAGAGCUUCGAGGUCGUCUUCCGGGAGCAAUACUGGAAGCGGCCAGACGGGCAGCCGGCCACCCGGGAGCACUUGAUGAUGGCCCUGGCGGACCUGGACGAGAUCCUCAUCCGCGCCACUUACUCCACUGACAUGCUGUCGGCUGGCAUCACCGGCGUCAGCAUGGAGUCCGCCGUGCCUACCUACACCAGCCUGCCGCGGGCUCUGGAAGUGGAGGAGUGUCGAUGUCCACCAGGAUACCAGGGUCUCUCUUGCCAGGAUUGUGCAGCUGGCUACACCCGAACGGGCGGAGGGCUCUACCUGGGCCACUGUGCGCUGUGCGAGUGCAAUGGGCACUCGGAUUCCUGCCACCCGGAGACCGGCGCCUGUUCGAACUGCCUCCACCAAGCUGCCGGGGAGUUCUGUGAGCAGUGUGCCCCUGGAUUCUACGGAGACGCCACUGCAGGCACCCCAGAGGACUGCCAGCCGUGUGCUUGUCCACUGCUGGAUCCAGAGAACCAGUUCUCGCGGACGUGUGAGAGCCUGGGGGGCAGAGGCUACCGCUGCACAGCCUGUGAGCCCGGCUACACCGGCCAGUACUGCGAACAGUGUGCUCCGGGCUACACAGGGAACCCCAACGUCCCUGGGCAGAAGUGUGUGCUCUUCGGGGUUCCAGACCAGCCACCCCUCAUCGUACAAGUGCACCCCCCACGGACCGCCGUGUCAGAAGGCAGCGAGGUGAACCUGCGCUGCCACGUCAGCGGGGCUCCGCCCCAUUAUUUCUACUGGUCCCGGGAAGACGGGCGCCCUGUGCCCAGCACCGCCCAGCGCAGACAGCAAGGGGUGGAGCUCCACUUCCCCAGCAUCCAGCCCUCUGAAGCCGGAGUCUACAUUUGCACCUGCCGUAACCCACAGUAUAGCAACACCAGCCGGGCCGAGGUGAUCGUCACAGAGGGCCCCAGCAAGCCCAUCACGGUGACUGUGGAGGAGCAAAGGGUGCAGAGUGUGAAGCCUGGGGGCGACGUCACCUUCGUAUGCACAGCCAAGAGCAAGUCUCCGGCUUACACUCUGGUGUGGACGCGACAGAACAAUGGGAAGCUGCCCAGCCGGGCCAUGGACUUCAACGGCAUCCUCACCAUCCGCAACGUGCAGCCGGAGGACGCCGGCAUCUACGUCUGCACCGGCUCCAACAUGUUUGACAUGGACGAGGGAGUCGCCACUCUCUACGUGCAAGCUCCGUCUAAGACUCAGAUGUUCUAUGGACCCGUAGAAGUGGUGGAAGGCCACAGGCCCUCUGCACCUGCCGUCCACCCAAUGGCCACCAUUGAGCCCUCACAGCUGAGUGUCCAGCCAGGCCAGCCGGCCGAAUUCCGCUGCAUUGUAACGGGAAACCCAGAGCCCACGAUAGAGUGGAUUGGGGGACAAGGGGGCGUCAUCUCCCCAAAGGCUGUUAUCCGGGGUGGGAUCCUGCGCUUCCCAGCAGCGGAGCCCUCUGAUGAGUCCCAGUACUUGUGCCGUGUGCGGAACAGCGCCGGACAGCAUAUGGCCCGUGCCUUCUUACAAGUACACAGUGCUAGCGUUCCCCAAGUGCAGGUGAGCCCGGAACGGACGGAAGUUCAGGAAGGCAGCACCGUCAGGCUGUAUUGCCGGGCAGCCGGCUCUCCUGCUGCCACCAUCACCUGGGAGAAACAAGGAGGCAGCUUGCCCCCACAGGCUGUCUCCGUCUUUGGCUUCUUCCACUUCCAAGGUGACAGCCUGGAGGGUCUCCGGCAACGGAUCCAGGAGCUCCGGCAGUCCCGUGCAGAGAGGACAGACAUCGCCACCUUGGUCAUACCCUCCAUCGCGGCUGCCGAUGGCGGGGUGUACCUGUGCGUGGGGAGCAGCGCAGCGGGAGUCGGCCAGGCGAGAAUCGAGGUGGUGGUCCUUCGAGCUGCAGGCGUUUCCCCGGCAGUGAAGAUCGAAUCAUCUUCAUCUUCAGUCAUCGAAGGGCAGACCUUGGAUCUGAACUGCAUCGUGGCCAGCCAGUCAGCUGCCUCCGUCACAUGGUACAGGCGAGGAGGGGCCUUGCCAGCCAACCACCAGGUCCAUGGUCCUCUUCUGCGGAUCCUGCUAGUUUCUGCCGCUGACUCGGGCGAAUAUGUCUGCCGUGUCAGCAAUGGAGCUGGCCCCAAGGAAGCCUCCAUUAUGGUGACUGUCCAACAGGGGCAUGGAUCCUUGCACGAGACCCCUCCAGUCAGAAUCGAAUCCCCAUCACCUUCUGUCACCGAGGGGCAGGACUUGGACCUGAAUUGCCUUAUUGCCGGCCAUUCGCAGCCCAGGGUCACAUGGUACAAGCGAGGGGGGCCACUCCCAGCUAAUCACCAGAUAUCUGGCUACCACCUGAGGAUUCUUGCAGCCACGGCAGCAGACUCCGGCGAAUACGUGUGUCGGUUGAGCGAUGGCGACAGCGGUGUGGUUCGAGAAGCCUCAAUCGUGGUCACCGUGUACAGCACCUCCCAAACCUCAGGAAUAACCCCUCCACUGAGGAUUGAGUCUUCAUCGCCCUCGGUCGUCGAAGGACAGACCUUGGACCUGAACUGCAUUGUGGCUGGCCAGGCGGACGCCACAGUCACAUGGUACAAGCGAGGCGGGUCCCUGCCAGCCAGUCACCAGAUCUCUGGUUCCCACCUACGCAUCCCACAGGCCUCCAUGGCUGACUCGGGCGAAUACGUCUGCCGUGUCAUCCUGAAUUCCAUCAUCAGGGAAGUCUCUGUCAUUGUCUCCCGUACCGGAUCUGUCCCAUCCACCUUAGGCAUCACUCCCUCCAUGAGGAUCGAGGCCUCGUCGCCUCACGUAGGUGAAGGGCAGACCCUGGAGCUGGACUGUGUCAUUGCCCACCAGGAGCAGGCCAUGGUCACAUGGUACAAGCGUGGGGGCGCCCUGCCAGCUCACCACCAGGCCUUUGGGUCCCGUUUGCGGCUGGUCAAAGUGUCCCCGGUGGAUUCUGGCGAGUACGUUUGCCGCGUCAGCUACGACACUGCCACCCAGGAGGCCUCUGUCUUGGUCACCAUCGGGCAGGGUGGCACAGACUCCUUCCCUGCCGGUGUGACUCCCCCGGUGCGAAUCGAGUCUUCCUCGACCUCUCCCGCUGAGGGUCACACACUGGACCUGAAGUGCAUCAUUGCAGGGCCUGCAUUGCAGGCCAGAGUCACCUGGCACAAGCGAGGAGGGACCCUCCCUGCCAGUCACCAGGUCUCUGGCUCUGUCCUGCGCAUCCCACAGGCCUCCACAGCCGACUCCGGGGAAUACGUUUGCCGCAUCAGCGAUGGCACGGCCAUUCAUGAGGCCUCCCUCAUGGUCACCAUCCAGGGUGGCAAGGGCUCCUCCUUCUCUGUGGGUGUCACCCCUCCAAUACGGAUCGAGACCUCCUCAGCGUCUGUCGUCGAAGGACAGACAGUGGACCUGAACUGCCUGGUGGCGGGUCAGUCGCAGCCAAGGGUCAUGUGGUACAAGCAAGGGGGUGCCCUGCCUCUCAACAGCCAGAUCCAUGGGUCGCGUCUCAGGAUCCUGCAAGCCUCGGCGGCCGACUCGGGCGAAUACAUCUGCUAUGUGAAUGAUGGCACCAGUCCCCUGGAGGCCUCCGUGAUUGUUUCCAUCCCCAGCAGUGGCGGCUCUGCUUUCUCCUCCGGCGUCAUCCCACCGGUGAGGAUUGAGUCUUCAUCCUCGUCCCUUGCAGAGGGACAGACCUUGGAGCUGAACUGCCUCGUUGCUGCCCAGUCACAGCCCAAAGUCACAUGGUUCAAGAGAGGGAGUCCCCUCCCAGACGAUCACCAGGUCUCUGGCACCCGCCUGCGCAUCCCACAGGUCUCCUCCGCCAAUUCUGGAGAGUAUGUCUGCCGUGUCAGCAGCGCUGGGGUCACUCAGGAGGCUGCGCUUGUGGUCACUAUCCAAGACAGUGAGAGCCCUUCCCAUUCUUCAGGUGCUGUUCCCCCUCUGAGGAUCGAGUCAUCGUCACCCUCUGCUGUUGAAGGACAAACCUUGGACCUGAUGUGCAUCGCCCCAGGCCAGCCACAUGCCACGUUCACGUGGUAUCGGCGAGAGGGCCUCCUGCCUGCUGGCCACCGGGUUGCCAAUGCUCAUCUGCGGUUGGUCCAGCUCACCCCAGCCGACUCUGGGGAGUACGUGUGCCGUGUGAGUGGGGGAGCAGCCCCACAAGAGGCUUCCUUCGUGGUCUCUGUCCUGGCCAGUGCCAGUGCCGCUUCCCGCCUCCAAAGCCCCGUUAUCUCCAUCGACCCACACAGCACCGCCGUGCGCAGAGAGGCAGACAUCACCUUCAAGUGCCGGGUCCAUGACGGCGCUCAGCCUGUUGAGAUCACUUGGAAGCUGCCCAACAACCAGCUGCAAGAUAACGUGAAGAUCAGCCCCAAUGGGUCUGUGAUCACCAUCUCCAAAGCGCGCCCUCAAAACCAGGGCGCUUACCGAUGCGUCGCUUCCAACCGCUUCGGGGUCGCCAACAGCGUGGUCAACCUGGUAGUGCAUGGGCCACCUACAGUCUCGGUGAUGCCAAAGGGCCCCGUGGAAGUGAAGGUGGGCAAAUCUAUCAGCCUGGACUGCUUGGGGGCAGGUGAGCCCCAGGCCCUGGUGCGCUGGAGCAAGGUGGGCGUCCGGCAGAAGGUAGAGCACCAGAAGAUGAUGCCGCAGGACAGCCGGGCCGUGCUCCAGAUCUCAUCCGCAAAGCUUGAAGAUGCUGGCACCUAUGUCUGCAUGGCCCAGAACACCCUCGGCACUGCAGAGGCGCAGGUGGAAGUGAGCGUGGAGGCCGUGCACGGGAAACCUGGGGCACCCGAGGUCCACGUGAACCCCACGCAGACGGUAGUGGUUGGGCAGACUGCUCGGCUCCAUUGCUCUGCCACAGGUGACCCUGCUCCUGCCAUCCGCUGGUCCAAGCUGAGGGCCCCCUUGCCCUGGCAGCAUCAGAUUGUCAACGACACCCUCAUCAUCCCCCGGGCGGCCCAGCAGGACUCUGGGCAAUACAUCUGCAAUGCCACCAACUCUGCCGGCUUCACCGAGGCCUUCAUCAUGCUGGAUGUCGAAGCACCACCGUACGCCACCAUCCUUCCAGAUACGGUAUCAGUGCAAGCUGGUGAGCUGGUGCAGCUGCAGUGCCUGGCCCACGGCACACCGCCUCUGCGCUACGAGUGGACCAAGGUCAACGGCAGCCUUCCCAGACAUGCCGUGGUGCGUGAGAGAGUCUUGCAGAUCAGCCCUGCCGCGCCCCAUGAUUCGGGCACGUAUCGCUGCCAUGUCAGCAACAGGGUGGGCUCUGCAGAGGCUCUCGCCCAGGUCCGAGUGCAAGGUCGACCUGGAGGACCUCUGUCCAUCCAGGUCACCCCAUCGAGUGUCACGAAGGCUGUGGGUGGCACAGUGGAGUUUGUGUGCUCCGUCGUUUCUGGAGAGCCCCGGGCACGGAUUGAGUGGUUCAAAGAGGAUGGGGAGCUGCCUCCCCACCACAGCAUCAGCAAUGGAGUGCUUCGGAUCGAGAAAUUGGACCGGGGGUGCCAGGGUGUUUACUCCUGCCGGGUCAGCAGCCCCUCCGGCCAGGCCCAGGAAAGUGCCAGGCUGACUGUCCAGGCGCUGCCCAAGGUGAUGAUCAACAUCCGGACCUCAGUGCAGACAGUGCUGGUGGGCAAUGCCGUGGAGUUUGAGUGCCUGGCCUUCGGGGACCCCAAGCCCCACGUCACCUGGAGCAAGGUGGGCGGGCGGCUGCGCCCAGGAGUGCUGGUGAGCGGCAGCAUGGUGAAGAUCGAGCGGGUGGAGCAGAUGGAUGCCGGGCAGUACCGCUGCACGGCCACCAACGACGUUGGCACGGUUCAGUCCCAGGUCAUCCUGCAUGUCCAGUCUGUGCCCCACAUUGCAGCCCAGCCAGAAGUGAAAGAGGUCUCUGUGGGGUCCGUGGUGGUCUUUCCUUGUUUGGCCUCCGGGUUCCCCGUGCCGGAUAUCACCUGGACCAAGCUGGAAGGAGACCUCCCGAAGGAUGUCCGCAUGGAGAGCAACAUUCUGACCAUCCCUUCCGCCCGCCCAGAAGACACCGGCAUUUACGUCUGUACAGCGUCCAACCGGCAAGGGAAGGUGACGGCUUUCUCCAUGCUCAAAGUGCGAGAGCGGGUGGUGCCAUAUUUUACCCAGAAUCCUCAGUCUUACCUUGUCCUGCCAACCAUGAAAGACGCCUACAAGACGUUUGCGAUAGAGAUCACCUUCCGGCCUGACGUGCCUGAUGCUCUCAUGCUUUACUCAGGGAUGCUGGUGUACAAUGGCCAGAAGAAGAAUACAGGCACCGACUUCGUGUCCUUUGGACUGGUGGGGGGCCGGCCGGAGCUCAGGUUCGACGCCGGGUCUGGCAUGGCCACCAUCCGCCACCCUUCGCUCAUCAAGCUCGGCGAGUUCCAUACCAUCCGGCUGUACCGCAACCUCACGCAGGGCUCCCUUGUUUUGGACAAUCACACCCCUGUGAACGGUACAUCCCAGGGCAAAUUCCAAGGUCUGGACCUCAACGAGGGGCUGUACCUGGGCGGGUAUCCCAACUAUGCAGCUGUUGCAAAAACAGGCCUCAGCAGUGGCUUCAUUGGAUGCGUCCGGCAGCUGAUCAUUCAAGGAAAGGAGGUGAUCUUCAAAGAUCUUGACCUGCAAGCUCACGGCGUCUCAAACUGCCCCACGUGCCAGGACCGGCCGUGCCAGAACGGAGGUGUCUGCAGGGACUCGGAGAGUAGCAGCUACGUGUGUGAGUGCCCGCAGGGAUUUGCCGGGAGCAACUGUGAACACCCCCAGGCCUUGCGCUGUCACCCAGAGGCCUGUGGUCCGGAUGCCACCUGUAUUAACAGACCCACUGGGCAAGGCUAUACUUGCCGCUGCCUCCUGGGGAAAUACGGAGAGAAGUGUAUGGAAGGCGUCACCGUGACCACACCCUACUUUCACGGGGGCGAUGCCUUCAUUUCUUACCCACCCAUCACCAACAUCCACUACGAGCUGCGUGUGGACAUUGAAAUCAAGCCACUGUCCCCUGAUGGCCUCAUCCUCUUCAGUGGGGGCGACGGUUCCCCCGUGGCAGACUUUGUCUCACUCAACAUGGUCCACGGGCACUUGGAGUUCCGCUAUGAGCUGGGAUCAGGCACAGCCAUCCUUCAGAGCACAAAGCCCCUAGAGCUGGAACAGUGGCACAAAAUCACAGCAGAGCGCCUGAACAAAGACGGCACUUUGCAGGUGAACGAUGAGCGGCCCAUCAAGAGGUCCUCGCCUGGGAAAAGCCAGGGUCUAAAUCUCCGCACUUCCAUGUACCUGGGUGGUGUGGACGACAUCAUCAAACUGCCAGCAGCUGUCAACAUCUCUAGUCACUUCUACGGAUGCAUCGGGGAGGUUUCAAUCAAUGGGAAGAAGGUGGACAUUUCAUACAGCUUCCUGGAGAGCCGCGGCAUCUCGCAGUGUUUUGACAGCUCCCCUUGUGACCGCAGGCCCUGCCAGCAUGGCGGCAAGUGCCUGCUGACUGGCGAGUAUGAAUUCCAGUGCUUGUGUCUGGACGGCUACAAAGGGGAGCAUUGCGAGGUGUCUGAAGUCCACUGCCAGCUCCAGCAUCCCUGCCUCAAUGGGGGCACGUGUAAAGACACAGCAUGCAUGUGCCCCCCGGGCUUCCUGGGAUUAUACUGCGAACAUGAUGCAUCACAGCACCAGUCGAGUGCCGAGUGGACUCACGAGGGCAGCGGGGGAAAUGAUGCCCCUGGCCAGUACGGCGCCUACUUCCACGAUGGUGGCUAUGUGGCCCUUCCACACCACGGUUUCCCCAGGAGCUCCCCUGAUGCACCGGAGACCAUUGAGCUGGAAGUGCGCACCAACUCCCAAAGUGGGCUUCUCCUCUGGCAGGGCGUGGCAACCAGGGAGGCAGGCCUUGAGCAGCAUGUUGCUAAAGAGGAGGAAGGAGAAAGCGGGAAAGCAAAGGACUUCCUCAGCCUUGGUCUGAAGGAUGGGCACCUGGUGUUCAGUUACCAGCUAGGAAGUGGGGAGGCGAACAUCCUGUCUGAGGACCCAGUCGAUGAUGGCGAGUGGCACAGAGUGACAGCUAUCCGGGAAGGGAAAAGAGGCUUCCUUCAAGUGGAUGGCGAUGAGAUGAUAACUGGAGAAUCUCCCGGCAGGAACGUCAUGGUGAACACCAAAGGUCGCAUUUAUAUAGGAGGAGCACCCAACAUCAACACCCUGACGGCAGGAAAGUACAUCUCAGGAAUUACAGGGUGCAUCAAAAACGUGGUGCUUAUCAACGACAGGCCCGGCCAGCAGCCCCAGCAGCCAAUUGACCUGCACCACCACUCAGAGGCAGGCCUCAACAUCCAGGAGUGCACCUCAUAGGCCAGGCCCGCCUCUUAAACACACUCCUUGUGAUUUAUUUUGCCCAUCAGGCCAAUUGAGAGACAUCUAUUAUUGUUAUUUUAUUGUUAUUAUUAUUAAUAAUUUUUUAAAGAAACACACACACACACACGGUGCUUUGCUGCUACCAAAAAAGCGGGGGAGGACUGGGAGGGAGUUGGUUUGUGAAGGGGUUUUGUGUGUGUGUGUGACAGACCAAUGGGGCCACUUAUGGCCUGCCCUGCCCUGCCCUGCCCCCCCAAGCCUUUCCCAGCCCUCGCAAAGAAGGACAGAGAGUGACGGCAGAGCAGACACUUAACAACUGGACAGCUGCAUCCAUGGGAGAGGGACUUGGGAUGGGUGCUGUGCCCAAGAGUUCUUCCAGGAAUGCCGGAAGAGAGGAAGAGUACUUUGGAUGCACAUGCCAGGCGGGGGUGGGGGGGGUGUUGACUGCAGUCUCUCGCCUUGCGCCAUGAAGGGUGAAGAUGCAUAUUUGAGGCCAAGGGGUGGGUGAGGUGACCCCAUGGCUUCUCUGCUUCAGCUGCUGGGCUGGGCCAGGCAAGUUGUGACCAGAUACCACCACCACCACUGCCCCCUCCCACUUGCAGGGGGGAAGGGAUUCUUCUGCUGGGGGGAAGGAGGAAGGGCCCCCACUCCUUCCCAGCAUCCACCAUUCUAGCCAGGUUAGGGUUAAUAGGAGUGGGGUGUGUGGGAGGUCUCUUGCCCUUGACCCCAGCUGCAGCGAGGCUUCUCAGCUAGAUGAAGUCUGAGCUUCCUGUGUUUUCUAGCGAUGACCCAUCCUUGCCCCACGUGAGAUUAUGUGGUGUUGGGUUUAAACCCCCCCCCUUAUCUGGACUCUGAGAUUAGGGCUAGGCUGGGCUGGUUCUGAGUGUCCUCCCCUCCGCCCUUUAUACCUCCAUGCCCCCCCGUUCCUUGACACAGCGAGCGCCAAGCGCUGCCUGAUGCAGGUAAAAGCCACAAGCCUGCAUUUGGCGUUGCCCUGUGCGCUCCGGCUGGGACUGAGAGCAGGAGGGCCCCCCACCAAGGAGGCCCCAAAAGUGCCUGAAGAGCCACAAGGCAGAGAUGGGCCUCGCUGCUCCCAAGCCUUUUGGUGCCUUUGCAAGGAUGGGGCCUCUAAUGGAUCCCCUCCCUCUUUUGCAGCCUAGUUGUAGCCAGCCAACCACUCCUGGUCCCAGGGUCUGGCAGGGCUAGGUAAGGAGAGGCAGCUGGACCCACACUCCGGUUGGAGCCUUAUCCCCCCCCCCCCACUGCCUGGCAAGUGCGCACAUGUGUCUCCCUCAUCAGCAUUUCAGAGGAUCAGUCUGCUCCUUUUCAUGGAUGGGUGUGGGAACAGUGUGUGGUAGUGUCUGCUUAGAAGGGGAGCUGCUGCAAAUGGGCUUGCCCCUCCAUCCCUCCCCACACAGCAGCUCCGACCUGCCUUCUGUGCCACGGGAGCCGGAGUGCAGGAGUUCCCAUCCAGCGUCUGAAGGAAGGCAGUUCUUCAGCAGGUGCCAAAAAGAGGCAGAAGGAACUGAUCACAGCUGGGGAAAGUGGGAUUCUAUGGCCUUCUCCCAGUCGCCCCGUGUUGCCCCUACAGCCAGUGAUGCUGCUACCGCCAAGCCGACAAUGGGGGCCUGAGCUUCUGGCCUCCUAGGAUUCCACUCCAGCUGGGCUUCCACAUUCCUUAAUUGUGUGGCUGGCUUCGGUUUGGCCUGGGUGAGCCUUUGUGGCCAGUGUCUGUGACUCCUGUGCCUUCCCACUUUCUUCUAGAACCAGAAUUGUACUGCCUGGGAGGCACUGCAGUGCUCAUGAUGCUCCAGAACUUGUUCCUGCCUUUGCUUCCCUGCCUUGCCCCCCCAUUUGCUCUUUCUUUCUUAAAUAAAUGGUGCUGAACCCCAA